CCCAUGUUGUAGAAGACAACACUGAGUGCCAAAGAACUCAGACUGCCACUCAUGUUGUGAGCUAUGACUGCUGCACAGAGCCCAGCUGCUAUGAAUUCAUAGCUGUUCAUGGAUGGAAUGCUUCUGUUACCAAAGUCAAAUUUGAUCAGUCUAAAGUGUCUAGUUAACUAAGUUAUGUAAUUACUUUUUGGCCAACACAUAACUUUUUGAAAUUUCCUUUUAAAAGAUGGCAAUGUUAAAAACAACUGACUGUAUCAUGCUGCAGUACAUGGAGACAAGAAGCAGAUGCUCCCUCAUAUAUAUGUAUACAUAUAUAUGUACACUUAUAUGCAUACCUAUGUAGACAUAUAUGCAUCACAUGUAUACAUACACCAUGUGUGGAUAUGUGCAUACAUGUAUGUGUUUGCAUACAUAUAUGAGCUGUCAUUUCCCUCAAAGUACCAUGCAUGCCAACUAAGACACUUCACUUACCUUAUGUUUGAGAAUGCCAGCUUUUACUUUGUCCUUAACAAUUACUAGUACUCUAUUUUGAAUGAUUUUUAGUUUUAGUUAAAGCACGUGACUGCACACUUCUGGGGGUAUGUAUGAGUGACUUUCCAAAAAAACCAUGCCUAGAGAUUAUUCCUUUCUUUGGUGACUGUUGGACAAUAACAACAAAACAAUUGGCUUUGUUAUAAGUUGUCCUGUUUUGCCAAGUUCUUUAAAGGCACAGACUGCUGCCUGUGUUUCCUUUUAACCUGUCAAAUAUGGAUGAAGCCAGCUCUGCCCCCUUGUGAGCAGUGCAGAAUGGCUCAGUGCAGACUCAUGUCACCACUGGUCCAGAAUCAUACAGACCCCUUUCGAGAUUCCCCACACCUUGGCUCCUCUACAGUUCAUUUUCUUGUGUAUUGAUCACUUUAGGGAUCACUGUAGUGGGACCCUAACUUCCCAUUUCCCAAAGGACAUGUGUAGAAGGUCGAGCCUGCCCCAUGGAGCUGAGGUUGACUAAGCUCAAAGGCAACUUUCAUGGACUGACUCUGUUCAAAGAGUCUCAGUGCACGCUUUGUGGAGAGCCAGAGGAGGAAGAAGGAGGAGACUUGGCCCAGCCGGGCCUCAGCUUCCCGGGACCAGCAGAAGAAGACAUAGACCAACAGUACUCAUGGUCUCCAACGCAGCAGCACUUCAAUGAGGAGAGGUACUCACCCGCACCCAGGAACAUGAAAGGGUUAACUGGAAGCCGGAACCAGCCUCAGAUAUGUGCGGGCCAUACCUGCGGCCUGUCACCCCCAGAUGACUGCGAGCACCCCCACGAUCACAUGCACCAUGGGCCGGAUGUGCGGCAACCCUACCUCCUCAGCCCAGCUGAGAGCUGCCCGAUGGACCACCACCGCUGCUCGCCCAGGAGCUCCGUCCACUCAGAGUGUAUGAUGAUGCCUGUGAUGUUGGGCGACCACGUGUCCAGCAGCACCUUCCCCAGAAUGCACUACAGCUCACACUACGACACCAGGGAUGACUGUGCCAUGUCCCACACAAACACGAAGGUAAAUCGCAUCCCCGCCAACCUUUUGGACCAGUUUGAGAAACAGCUGCCCCUGCACCGGGAUGGGUUCCACACACUGCAGUACCAGAGGGCCUCGGCUGCUACCGAGCAGAGAAAUGAGAGCCCGGGCAGAAUCCGGCAUCUGGUCCACUCCGUCCAGAAGCUCUUCACCAAGUCGCAUUCUCUGGAGGGGUCGUCCAAGAGCAACGUCAACGGGACCAAGAGCGACAGUCGGGUGGAGGACCACCACCACAGCCACCACUCCAAACACAGCAAAAGGAGCAAAAGCAAGGAGCGGAAGCCAGAGAGCAAGCACAAGUCCGGUGUGAGCAGCUGGUGGAGUUCUGACGACAACCUGGACAGUGACAGCACAUACCGGACACCCAGUGUGGCCACCCGCCACCACAUGGACCACAUCUCUCACUGCUACCCCGAGGCGCUGCAGAGCCCCUUUGGGGACCUCUCGCUAAAGACUUCCAAAAGCAACAGUGAUGUUAAGUGCUCAGCCUGUGAAGGCUUGGCCCUGACGCCAGACACCAGGUACAUGAAGCGUAGCUCUUGGUCCACUCUCACGGUGAGCCAGGCCAAGGAGGCCUACCGCAAGAGCUCCCUGAACUUGGACAAGCCCCUGGUCCACCCAGAGAUCAAGCCUUCGCUACGGCCAUGCCACUACCUCCAGGUGCCUCAGGAUGAUUGGGGUGCAUACCCCACAGGUGGCAAAGAGGAAGAGAUCCCCUGCCGUAGGAUGAGAAGUGGCAGCUACAUCAAAGCCAUGGGUGAUGAGGAGAGUGGAGAGUCAGACUCCAGCCCCAAAACAUCUCCAAAGGUGGCCCUCCGGCCAGAGCCCCUGCUGAAGUCCAUUGUCCAGAGACCACUUGGAGACCACCAAACCCAGAGCUACCUGCAAGCUGCCAGUGAGGUGCCUGUUGGUCACAGCCUGGACCCAUCAGUCAACUACAACUCCCCGAAGUUCCGGUCCAGAAACCAGAGCUACAUGCGGGCCGUGAGCACCCUGAGCCAGGCCAGCUGUGUGAGCCAGAUGAGUGAAGCAGAGGUCAAUGGGCAGUUCGAGUCAGUGUGUGAAUCUGUCUUCAGUGAAGUUGAAUCUCAGGCCAUGGAUGCCCUUGACCUUCCUGGAUGUUUCCGAACAAGGAGCCACAGUUACCUUCGAGCCAUCCAAGCUGGUUACUCCCAAGACGAUGAAUGUAUUCCCGUGAUGACACCCUCCAACAUGACCUCAACCAUCAGGUCAACAGCAGCUGUCUCCUACACAAAUUAUAAGAAGACACCUCCCCCGGUGCCCCCGCGGACCACCUCCAAGCCUCUGAUUUCGGUGACGGCCCAGAGCAGCACAGAAUCCACACAGGAUGCCUACCAGGACGGCCGCGCCCAGAGGAUGUCCCCGUGGCCCCAGGAUAGCCGUGGCCUCUACAACUCCAUGGACAGUCUGGACAGCAACAAGGCCUUGAAUCUGGCCCUGGAGACAGCUGCCGCUCAGCGCCAUGCCGCUGACGCUCAGAGCAGCUCCACGAGGACCAGCGAAAAGGCGAUCCUGGCGUCCAAGGCUGAAGAACUGCUCAAAAGCCGCUGUUCCUCCAUCGGGGUCCAGGAUUCUGAAUUCCCUGAUCAUCAACCCUACCCAAGGUCAGAUGUAGAAACAGCCACGGAUUCCGACACGGAGAGCAGAGGCCUACGGGAGUACCACUCUGUUGGUGUACAAGUAGAAGACGGAAAGCGACACGGUCGUUUCAAGCGCUCCAACAGUGUCACAGCUGCUGUGCAGGCUGACCUAGAGCUGGAGGGCUUCCCUGGACACAUCACCAUGGAGGACAAGGGCCUGCAGUUCGGAUCCUCCUUCCAGCGACAUUCAGAGCCCAGUACCCCGACCCAGUAUGGGGCACUGAGGACUGUGCGGACGCAGGGCCUCUUCAGUUACAGGGAGGACUACAGGACACAGGUGGACACUUCCACCCUGCCUCCACCCGAUCCCUGGCUGGAGCCAUCACUGGACACAGUGGAGAGCGGGAGGAUGUCUCCAUGCCGCAGGGAUGGCUCGUGGUUUCUGAAAUUGCUGCACACGGAGACGAAGAGGAUGGAAGGCUGGUGUAAAGAGAUGGAGAGAGAAGCGGAGGAGAAUGACCUCUCGGAAGAAAUUCUAGGAAAGAUCAGGAGCGCCGUGGGAAGUGCCCAGCUGCUCAUGUCCCAGAAGUUCCAGCAGUUUUACUGGCUUUGUCAGCAGAAUAUGGACCCCAGCGCCAUGCCAAGGCCAACAUCGCAGGAUCUAGCUGGCUACUGGGAUAUGCUGCAGCUGUCUGUGGAGGAUGUCAGCAUGAAGUUUGAUGAACUGCACCAGCUGAAGCUCAAUGACUGGAAGAUAAUAGAGUCACCAGAGAGAAAGGAAGAAAGGAAGAUCCCCCCUCCAAUACCAAAGAAGCCCCCCAAGGGGAAAUUCCCCAUCACAAGGGAAAAGUCCCUGGACCUGCCAGACCGACAGCGCCAAGAAGCCCGGCGUCGGCUCAUGGCAGCCAAGAGAGCCGCCUCCUUCCGCCAGAACUCCGCCACCGAGAGGGCAGACAGCAUUGAGAUCUACAUCCCCGAGGCCCAGACGCGGCUCUGAGGACCAGAGGUGGCCACACGCGCCUGGUUUUGCUCUUUUACACAAAAUGCUUGUACAGUUUAUUGCCUACCUGGUAGUUUCUGUCUCACCCUCCACCGGAUUCGCCCUUGCCGUGUUCUCUGCACCACCGUAGACAGUGGACACUCGGAUUCCUAGUUUGCUGAGCUCAUGGCAAGAUUGACUCUGAAGGACAUCGGCUCUGAGGAACAGGCUGGGUGAGCCCUGACUUACCUCCCUGUUCCCAGAGGGCCGCCCAGUGGCCUCUUGAGAUGGAACCUAGCUUUCACUUUGUUAUUUAUAUUUUUAUAAAUUGUGUGAUUAACUAGAGGUCACUACAAACGGGUGCAUCUCCCCACUCUCGAGAGGCAUUAGACAUCCAAGUGGAAGGUGCUACAAUUCGAAGGGCAGGAAAGACAGACAAACCUGUUCCCUCCCAUCUGAGUUAUUCUCCCCAGCUCGGUUGCCCCAAGACCUUGCUGUCCUCACUGGUCCCGACACCACAGGAAGCACUCGGUUCCUUGGUUGACAUUUGUGACGACAGAAGAGGGUCUCCCCAAGGUCCCCACCAUGUGGUUCUCCAAAAGGAAAUGACAAGGCUGAACCCCACCCACCCACCCCCAAAAAAUAUCUAGCGUAGAAUCUUUAUAGUCAAAGCUCAGCUGUAUGUUCCUCUAAGAGAGGAACCCAUGGAAAGGGCUGGCAGAAGCCCAGAGAAUACAAAGAGGGAAAAAAACUAAGAAAUAGUCAUGGUAUUUUUAUCCCUUCGUAACCUAAACCAUUACACAUAGCAUUUUCUUAAACUUCACUGCUUAAGCUACAUGUACUUUUUAUGUAUGUUACAUGCGUUCUCAAACUGCUAUCACUUGACUUUCCAGGGUACCUUUAAAGGAGUUUGCUUGUUUAUGAUGACAGUUGUGAUGUUGUUAAACAUAUAAGAAAUAUGAAUGUGAGUGGUAAGUAUAUCAGUUAAAAUGGUAAAGAAGAAAAAAUUAGUUUAUACUUGUAUUUUUCCAGAAUUCUUUUGGUCCUAUGCAGUACUGCUGAAGUUGAGAAUAUAUUUCUUGCCUGUGUUAGACAUGAAAAGGGGAGGGGGAAAAAGGUCAUGCAUGGUGAUUUCCAGCCGUGGAAUCUAAGAAAGGUUAUCCGUAGUCAUGACUCUGAGGAUGCUAAGAAGAGAAAGGUUGGCUCUGGUUAACAGGCUUCGUGUAAAUCAUAUCUACACGUUUAGAGGCAUUGUUACAAGACUUCUGCACAGAAGUUCAGAUGCCACACCGAGCGCUCAGACUGCCCGUGGCCCUGAUCUCAGAGUUCUCUGCUGUUCAAGUUCAGGCAGGGCCCCACCCCAUCCCAGGCCUCCCCUCUUAAUACGUAAGGAGCACCAUGCACUUAGCCAGAGGAACAAAGCUUUCGACAUCCCUGUAGCGUCUGUGUUCUCCCUGUGACUUGCACUUUAAACGGUCCCCGGGGGCCCCCUCUGCAGCCUGACUGCAUCGCUGGUCACUGCAUGUGGGUACCCAGCGAGGCAGCCUUGCAGCUGGGGCGUUGCUAAGACGACACCGGCCUCUUCCUCAUCCUCUCCAUUCCUCUACGCAUGGGGGGGGCACGGUUGAUGUUACAGCAUGUCAAGCCUCACAGUUUUACUUUUUUUUUUAAAGCCGAGUAGUUAAGAAUUCCCUGUAAUAGCAAAAUCCUAUAAAUCGAGCCUUGUAUCUGGUAUAUAUUUUACCAAACAGCCUUAAAUAUAUUUGGAAGCAAAAAUCAUACGAAUGUAUAUCCUUUAAAAAAAUGCAAAAAAAUAAAACUCCCCAAAAUAUUCUUCUAUCACUGAACCCUAUUUCCCCAGAGUGUUCAAAGCAUUUUCUACCUAAAUAAAUAUGUAAAUCCUGAAUAGUA